CGUGCGGGUCGACUGGAGCAGCUCUCGAGCCCCGCAAAGCAGGCUAAUGUAGUCACACGCCAAACAGUUUCCGCGGUAGCUUGCGGUUAGCUACGUUAAAGCGAGCCGCGCGAGCAGCUAGCGUCAGCGCUAGCUGAUUUCACAGCCAGUUAGAGGCGUUAAUCGCCGCAGAGAGCAGCGGGUCUCACUGUUAUCACCUGGUAGAUUUAACCAAGUAUAAAAUAAAUAGGUGUGGGCAUUACGUGAAACACUUUGAGGGUAAAGCACGUCGCUGAAAAGAAGGACUGUAUCGUGAACAGGUUGCUCAAGAAAGACGUUCCCACUCCAAGUCACUGGCAGCGGCGCCUGAUUAAUGCGCCUAUUUACAGCUGCGCCUCGUUAAAGGCUAUUGUCUGCGCGCGCGCUGUCAGACGUUAACAGACGUCGUUUGUGCCCGGGGUUCUGCUCGCAUGUGCGGUGUCUGGAGAAGCCGAGCGUCCGUUGCCGCACGGACCUUGCGUCGUGGAGCGUUAUUACGGGAGCCGGGGUCGUAAUACGGUUAUAUAAGUUUGGGCUGACUCUCCUGAUUUUGUGAAGUGAUGCCAAUGGGUCAGAGAAGGAAAUCACGCUGGUGAGACAAACAAGCCACCCUCCACCAUCCAAGGCCAACGCAGCUACACUGACUGAGACAGCCAUGCCCCGUUUGCCUUCCUGAUCCUCCUUCCUCAAAUAUCCCAAACUCAACUUGGAGGCCAGCAGCCUUAACAGCUCCCUGUCCAGUCAGCAUGGCUACACCCUUCCUAUGGAAGCUGUCAUCCCAGAAGCUUGGUUUUUUUCUGGUCAGCUUUGGUUUCAUCUGGGGCAUGAUGCUCUUGCAUUUCACCAUCCAGCAGCGAGCCAGCCACGAGAACAGUGCUGUACUGCGACAACAGAUCCUGGACCUCAGCAAACGGUACAUUAAGGCUCUGGCCGAGGAGAACCAAAGUGUCAUGGAUGGGCCCUAUGUCGGUACCAUGACAGCGUAUGACUUGAAGAAGACCCUCGCGGUGCUGCUGGAUAACAUUAUGCUAAGGCUGGGCAAGCUAGAGUCCAAGGUGGAGAACAUCUACAACAGCACAGGGGGAAACCUGACCAACGGCACUGGAACUGCUACACCGAGCUCCUCAAACUCCGAGAAAGUUAACGUGGCAGAUCUUCUAAAUGGAGCCCAGGAGAAGUGUGAGCUGCCUCCAUUGGAUGGUUUCCCUCACUGCGAAGGCAAGAUCAAGUGGAUGAAGGAGAUGUGGCGCUCUGAUUCCUGCUAUGCCAACUACGGCGUGGAUGGAUCCACCUGUUCCUUCUUCAUCUACCUCAGUGAGGUGAGUACUCAUGAUGUGUGUUUGGUGGUGUGUGGAUGACAUGUGUUUGUAUUUGUGUGCA